UCCUUCAGAGACCUGGUGAAGGGAGGUCGUUACCGCCCCGGGUCGGGCGGCACGAUCUCGAUUUGGGGAUGGGGAACAGAAGCAUAGGAACUGCCGGCCUCCCAAAGAAGCAAGGGCCGGUGGCCCCGGACAGUGUCCACCCGGGCGCGGGCCGGAUGCAGCGCAGCCGGAGCGUCACGGUCGCUCGCCGCCUCUCUUAACCCCUGGCGCCCGCUGGCGGCGCAACUCGCGCCAAUUCUCGAACGGCUCUGCGCCGGGCGCGGCGCGCGUCUGCGUAGCAGGGGCCCGACUCUGAGCAAUUUGCGUAGCGAACGGCGGCCGCGCAGGCGCAGGAGGGGGCGGAGCGGCGGGAGCCGGGGAGCCGGAGCCCCGGGUCCCAGCGACCGGAGCCGGCUCCCCCAGCGGCGGCCUGAGGACGCGGCGUCGGCCUCCUCCCGCCCCCCGCGGCUGGAGAGUGGACGCAGUGGGGUGGCUGGGGUCGGGGUGGGGGCAGCGUCCGGAAUCCCCAGGACGGAAGGCAGAGGCCCUCCCCAUCCGGAUUGUUGGAGGGGAGAGAGCCCCCAGUUUGAGGAGGGGGAGAGCCAGGCGUUGAGCGUCCCCAGCAGCGGCCGCUGCCCUGAGCAGACUGGCGUUGGCUAGCUCUCCCCCUCCUGCCAGGACGACUCCAGCGACCAAGGCCAGGGACCCCUCUACUUCAGCCUCUGCACCCCACCCCCCCCACCCCCGGCUCUGAGGCUGGCCCAGAGAGCGGUACACCCCACCUCCCCACCCACCUCUGCGCUGGAGAGGAAAAGCUGUCCUUCCACACCCCUGAGUGAGGGACCCAGGUUGCCUGUGCUCCGCAAAGGCCUCCCUCCCUGACAUGGAGAGUAACCUGUCUGGCCUGGUGCCUGCUGCUGGGCUGGUGCCUGCGCUGCCACCCGCCGUGACCCUGGGGCUGACUGCGGCCUACACCACUCUGUAUGCCCUGCUCUUCUUCUCCGUCUAUGCCCAGCUCUGGCUGGUGCUCCUGUAUGGGCACAAGCGUCUCAGCUAUCAGACGGUGUUCCUGGCACUCUGUCUGCUCUGGGCUGCCUUGCGUACCACCCUCUUUUCCUUCUACUUUCGAGAUACACCCCGAGCCAACCGCCUGGGGCCCCUGCCCUUUUGGCUUCUCUACUGCUGCCCUGUCUGCCUGCAAUUCUUCACACUGACGCUUAUGAACCUCUACUUUGCCCAGGUGGUGUUCAAGGCCAAGGCCAAGCGUCGGCCACAGAUGAGCCGAGGCUUGCUGGCCGUCCGAGGGGCCUUCGUGGGGGCCUCGCUGCUCUUUCUGCUGGUGAACGUGCUCUGCGCAGUGCUGUCCCGCCGGCGCCGGGCACAGCCCUGGGCCCUCCUGCUGGUGCGUGUCCUGGUGAGCGACUCCCUGUUUGUUAUCUGUGCACUCUCUCUUGCCGCCUGCCUCUGCCUUGUCGCCCGGCGGGCCCCCUCCACCAGCAUCUACCUGGAGGCCAAGGGGACCAGUGUGUGCCAGGCAGCUGCGAUGGGUGGCGCCAUGGUCCUGCUCUAUGCCAGCCGGGCCUGCUACAACCUGGCGGCCCUGGCCUUGGCCCCCCGGAGCCGGCUGGACGCCUUCGAUUACGACUGGUACAACGUCUCUGACCAGGCGGACCUGGUGAACGACCUGGGGAACAAAGGCUACCUGGUGUUUGGCCUCAUCCUCUUUGUGUGGGAGCUGCUGCCCACCACUCUGCUGGUGGGCUUCUUCCGGGUGCAUAGGCCCCCGCAGGACCUGAGCACCAGCCGCAUCCUCAACGGGCAGGUCUUUGGCUCCCGAUCCUACUUCUUUGACCGGGCACACUGUGAGGAUGAGGGCUGCUCUUGGGAGCACAGCCGGGGCGAGAGCACCAGCAUGUCAGGCAGCCUAGGCUCCAGCAGCUGGUACGGCGCCAUCGGGCGGGAGCCAGGCUGGUGUGGGGGCAGCCAGACGCGGACCACUCCUCUGCUCUUCUCCCAGGUUCUGGGACCAGGCAGCCACCACCACAGUCUCUACUCCACCCCACAGACGUGAUCCCCGCCCCCCAUCUCCCCCAAGAACACCCAGACCCCAGUCCCUCCCACCCCAGGCCUCUGUGCCUAGUUCAUCUGCUGCUUCUUGCCCAGGGUCCCGGGGGGCUGUGGCUGCCUCUUCCCCAGGCCGACUCCUUGCUGCUCCUGUUGUAGUGAGCUUGUGCUGUCUCCCAGAGUGGGGGGCAUGACCCUGGCCGCCAGAUGUCCACAGCACCCUGGUAUGACCUACCACCUCUGCUUCUACACUGGAGGCAGCUACCUCUCCUGCGCCUGCCACUCAAUAAACAGUGUCUGUGCCCCAAGUCCAUUCACCGUC